CACAGGUGUUUUCAACUGAUGCACUAGGUCGUAUGUACACUGUUCAUCCUAGAAACGAUGAAUGUUUUUAUUUGCGACUGCUGUUAGUAAAUGUACGUGGACCGAAAUCAUUUGCGCAUUUGAAAACUGUGAAUGGCCACCAAUGCCAAACAUAUCGAGAAGCAUGUCAACUAUUGGGUUUGCUGGAGAACGAUUCUCAUUGGGAUUUAACACUUGCAGAUUCAGUUGUUUCAUCAAAUGCGUACCAAAUACGAACGCUGUUCGCAAUUAUCAUCACCACAUGUUUUCCUUCACAACCAAUUCAGUUAUGGAACAAAUACAAAGACGCCAUAUGUGAAGAUAUCUUGCAUCGCUUGCGUAUUCAAACGAAUAAUCCUGACAUCCAAAUAACCGAUGAAAUCUACAAUGAAGGAUUGAUUCUGAUUGAGGAUCAAUGCUUGACUAUUGCAAACAAGCUACUGAUUGAAGUAGGAAUGAUUGCGCCAAAUCGAUCGAUGCACGAUGCAUUCAACCAAGAAUUAAAUCGAGAGCUGCAAUACAAUGUUGAUACAUUGCAGGAAUUCGUUAGAAAUAAUGUUCCGUUGCUGAAUGAACAGCAAAAACAAGUAUACAAAACAUUAAUGCAAGCGGUGGACAAUAAUACUGGUGGUCUAUUCUUCCUGGAUGCACCUGGAGGAACAGGGAAAACAUUUGUCAUUUCAUUGAUUUUGGCCACUAUUCGAUCAAGAUGUGACAUAGCUUUGGCGUUAGCAUCAUCUGGAAUUGCGGCGACUCUUCUAGAUGGCGGUCGUACUGCACAUUCUGCGCUUAAGUUGCCACUCAAUUUAAACACAAUUGAUACUCCAACGUGCAAUAUUUCCCGAUCCAGUGCAAUUGGAAAAUUGUUAAUGCAAUGCAAGCUCAUUGUUUGGGAUGAGUGCACAAUGGCACAUAAGAAAUCACUUGAAGCACUUAACUUCAUACUGAAGGAUCUUCGGAGAAAUAACAACAUCUUUGGCGGCUUGAUGAUAUUGUUGGCAGGCGAUUUCAGGCAGACGUUGCCAGUAGUUCCCCGUGGAACGCCUGCAGAUGAAUUGAAUGCUUGCCUAAAGGCAUCACCUUUAUGGAAUAACGUAAAAACAUUAUCGCUAACCACUAAUAUGAGAGUUCAACUUCAAAAUGAUCAAAGUGCUGCACAAUUUUCCAAACAAUUGUUAGAUCUUGGAAAUGGAAAAGUCCCAGUUGAUGCGACAUCUGGAUUAAUUACUCUUACCAACGACUUUUGCCGAUUUGUAGACACUCAAUUAGUUCUUAUUGAAAAUGUUUUCCCAAACAUUAGUGAGAAUUAUAAGAAUUAUGCUUGGUUAAGUCAACGAGCAAUUCUUGCAGCAAAGAAUAAUGAUGUCCACGCACUGAAUUUCACCAUUCAAUCAAAAAUUGCUGGCGAUUUGGUGACAUACAAAUCCGUUGAUUCAAUAACAAAUCCCGAUGAUGUAGUAAAUUAUCCAACGGAGUUUUUGAACUCUCUGGAGAUACCAGGAUUUCCACCACAUAACUUGCAACUGAAAGUUGGUACAGUUAUUUUGAUACUGCGUAAUUUGAAUCCACCGCGACUUUGCAACGGUACUCGACUUUCGGUAAAGAGACUUAUGCCGAAUUUAAUUGAGGCAACCAUUAUUAACGGAAAGUACGCAGGUGAAAAUGUAUGUAUUCCUCGAAUACCAAUGAUUCCGACUGAUCUUCCGUUUGACUUCAAACGAUUGCAAUUCCCAGUUCGCCUUGCGUUCGCAAUGACAAUUAAUAAGUCGCAAGGCCAAUCGCUUAGUGUUUGCGGGAUAAAUUUGGAAAAUCAUUGUUUUUCACAUGGACAGUUAUACGUUGCGUGUUCACGAAUUGGGAAACCAUCCGCUUUGUUUGUGUUAACGUCAGACCAAAAAACAAAAAAUGUGGUUUACCAAAGAGCACUACAAUGAAACAAUUAAAUAACACUUCAUUUUAGUAGGUAAUUGAAAUGAAUUUAUUACUGUUGUGAAAUGAAAUAAAUAUUUUCCUUUUCAAAUAUAUAACAAAAAAAAUUUUUUUUCUUUAUCUUUUAAUCACCAAACGAAAUGUUACAUAAAACGAAUCUGGUGGCGAAACGGAGUUCGCCGG